CAGGCCAGAAACUUUUUCCUUCAAUCAGGGCUGCCCCCGCCCAUCCUGGCCCAAAUCUGGGCUCUGGCUGAUAUGAACAGCGAUGGCCGUAUGGAUAUCCACGAGUUCUCCAUCGCCAUGAAACUCAUCAAGCUCAAACUCCAGGGUCACCCUCUACCCCCAACCCUUCCCCCCAGUAUGAAACAACCUCCGCUGCCUUUACCCCCGCCGACUGGCUUUGGCAUGCCCCCCAUAGCCUCCAUCCCAGCUCCCAUCCCAGCUCCUCUGCCAGUCGUGCCUCCUCUCCCCCUGCCUCCUCUUCCUGUUGGAGUGUCCCCCCCACUCGUCUCAUCUGUGCCCCCUCCCCUUCCGCAGCCCAUCGCCAACGGAGCUCCUCCCACAGCCAUGAUGCCACCCAUCUCAGGCUUCCCUCACCCAGCUCCUCCUGUGAACAAAACGGCUUCGUUUAAUCGUUCCAGCACCAAGCUGCAGAAAGGCUCAUCAUUUGAUGCUGCUGGGUCUCAGCCUCCACCUGAUUGGGCAGUUCCUCAGUCAUCCAGACUGAAGUACAGACAACUUUUUAACUCCCAUGACAAGAUGAUGAGUGGAUACCUCACUGGACCUCAGGCUCGCACUAUCCUGAUGCAGUCCAGUCUUCCUCAGAGUCAGCUGGCUGCUAUAUGGAAUUUAUCAGACAUUGACCAGGAUGGAAAGCUAACAGCUGAGGAGUUUAUCUUGGCUAUGCACCUCAUAGAUAUGGCGAUGUCAGGGUUACCGCUGCCUCCAGUGUUACCACCAGAUUACCUCCCACCAACGUUCAGGCGUGUGCGAAGCGACAGUGUUCAGUCAGACCAGAGGAGUGUCCAGGAGGAGAUCGAGGAGGAGACAGAGAGCAGCCAGGAGAAGAAAUUACCAGUGACGUUUGAGGAUAAGAAGAGGGAAAACUUUGAGCGAGGAAACCUGGAGUUGGAGAAAAGACGUCAGGCUCUUCAGGAGCAGCAGAGAAAAGAGCAGGAGAGGCUGGCUGCUGUGGAGAGAGAGGAACAGGAGAGAAAGGAGCGCGAGCGUCUGGAGCAGGAAAGAAGGCGGCAGCAUGAGCUGGAGAAACAACUGGAGAAACAGAGAGAGCUGGAGAGGCAACGAGAAGAGGAGAGGCGCAAGGAGAUAGAAAGGAGAGAGGCUGCUAAGAGAGAAUUAGAGCGCCAGCGUCAGUUGGAGUGGGAGAGGCAGCGUCGCCAGGAGCUUCUGACUCAGAGAAACAGAGAGCAAGAAAGUAUCGUUCUGCUCAAAGCCAGAAAGAAAACCUUGGAGUUUGAACUGGAAGCUCUGAAUGACAAGAAGAACCAGCUGGAGGGCAAACUGAAGGAUGUUCGGUUCCGUCUGUCGGCUCAGCGGAGAGAGAUGGAGCAGACCAAUCAGACCAGAGAAACACGCAUAGCUGAGAUCACACAGCUCCAGCAGCAGCUGCAGGAGUCCCAACAAUGGCUGGGGAGGCUAAUUCCUGAUAAACAGAAUCUGAAUGAUCAGUUAAAACAGGUUCAGCAAAGCAGUCAGCACCGCGACAGCUUGUCUUCGCUGCAGAAGGCCGUUGAGCAGAAAGAGAGCAGCAGACAGCAGCUCAGAGAGCAGCUCGAUGCUGUGGAACGAGAAACAAGAGCUAAACUGCUGGAAAUAGACGCCUUCAACACACAGCUAAAGGAGCUGCGGGAGAUCCACAGCCGGCAACAGAGACAGAAACAGAAGCAGCUGGAGGGCGACAUGCACACACAGACACAUGCACUCUCUCACAUGCAAACGUUGACUGAGAGGAAGUCCGCCGAGCUGCAGGAGAGCGGGUUGUUGUCAAAUGAACCAGGAGCAUCCGUGGCUAAAGCCCCCAGUCCCGCCUACAUUUCUGCAUCCCAUGCCUGGCUGAACAGAGUGACCCAGGAAGAGGAGGAGAGGAAGAGAAGAGGGAUGGAGGAGGAGGAGGAGGGAAGAACGGGAGCUAGGUCUAUAGAAGAGAAGGAGGAUAAGAGCAAAGGCAAGAAGGACAUGCAGGAUAAACUGAACAAGUUGUUCAGUCAGCCAACUGACCCCUGGGCUUCAGCAGUGGAGAAGGCUCCAGGCCCCAGUCUGUUUGACCAGAAAGCAUCAACAAGUAGUUUCGAUCAGCAGCAACAGCAGCCAGUAAAGGUGGUCUACUACAGGGCUCUGUAUCCAUUCGAUGCUCGUAGUCACGAUGAGAUCAGCAUCCAACCUGGAGAUGUCAUCAUGGUUGAUGAGUCCCAAACAGGUGAACCCGGGUGGCUCGGUGGGGAGCUCAGAGGCAGGACCGGUUGGUUUCCAGCCAAUUAUGCAGAGAGGAUACCUGACAGUGAAGCGCCAAUCAGCCUACAUUCCACAUCCUCAGCCACGCCCCCUUCAGCCCAGCAGCCCAUAGCCACGCCCCCUCCAGCUCCCGGACACAGCUCCGCUUCCACAUCGUCUGCCAACAGUAACUGGGCUGACUUCAGCACAACUUGGCCCUCGAACACAACCAGCCAGUCUGACAGUGAGGGAUGGGAUGCAUGGCCAACCUCCUCAGCCAAUCAGAAUCCAUCUCUCAGUGUUCCUUCUGCCCAGCUACGGCAGCGCUCUGCAUUCACGCCAGCUACCAUGACCACAGGCUCCUCCCCCUCUCCUGUGCUGGGACAGGGAGAAAAGGUUGAAGGCCUUCAGGCUCAGGCGCUGUAUCCCUGGAGAGCUAAGAAGGAAAACCACCUCAACUUUAACAAAAAUGAGAUCAUAACAGUUCUGGAGCAGCAGGACAUGUGGUGGUUGGGGGAACUUCAGAACGGACAGAGAGGCUGGUUCCCCAAAAGUUACGUCAAGCUCAUCUCAGCCAACAUGACAGUCCCUACAGGUGCCAUAACACGCACCAAAAACACCAGUGAACCUGGAUUAUCAGAAAGCCCCCCCAAUGGAAAACGACCCUCAUCUUCUCCAACAAAACCAUCUGAGACUGGAGAUGAGUAUAUUGCCAUGUACACCUAUGAGAGUACUGAACAGGGGGACCUGAGUUUCCAGCAAGGAGACAUCGUCAUGGUGACUAGGAAAGAGGGGGACUGGUGGACAGGUGUUGUUGGGGGGAAGACUGGAGUCUUUCCAUCCAACUACGUUAAACCACGUGACUCAUCAUUAGAGUCACUGGGACCUGCAGGCAAAACAGGCAGUCUGGGGAAGAAACCAGAGAUUGCUCAGGUGAUCGCUGCCUACACAGCCACAGGAGCAGAGCAGCUGACGUUAGCUCCAGGACAGCUCAUUCUCAUCAGGAAGAAGAACCCUGGAGGCUGGUGGGAGGGAGAGCUCCAGGCUCGAGGGAAAAAGCGCCAGAUUGGUUGGUUUCCAGCUAAUUACGUAAAGCUGCUGAGUCCGAACACCAGCAAGACGACACCCACAGAACCCACCCCUCCAAAACUGACUCCUGCCAGCAUAGGGUGCGCCGACCUCCACCUGCUGGACAUGUUGAGUCCGAUGGAGAGGAAGAGGCAGGGCUACAUCCACGAGCUGAUCGUCACCGAGGAGAACUACGUCAACGAUCUGCAGCUCGUCACCGAGAUCUUCCACAAGCCUCUGCUGGACUGUGAGCUGCUGACGGAGAAGGAAGUGGCCAUGAUCUUCGUCAACUGGAAGGAGCUCAUCAUGUGCAACAUCAAACUGCUCAAGGCUCUCCGGGUGAGGAAGAAGAUGUCGGGCGAUCGGAUGCCUGUAAAGAUGAUCGGCGACAUCCUGACCAACCAGCUGCCCCACAUGCAGCCGUACAUCAGGUUCUGCUCGUGUCAGCUGAACGGCGCCACGCUGAUUCAACAGAAAACCGAUGACAACCCCGAGAUCAAAGACUUCCUCAAGAGGCUGGCCAUGGAUCCCAGGUGUAAAGGAAUGCCUCUGUCCAGUUACCUCCUUAAACCCAUGCAGAGAGUCACCCGCUACCCCCUCAUCAUCAAAAACAUCUUAGAGAACACUCCAGAGGCUCAUCCUGAUCACAGCCACCUGAAAGCUGCUCUGGAGAAGGCAGAGGAGCUGUGCUCACAGGUGAACGAGGGCGUCAGGGAGAAGGAGAACUCUGAUCGCCUGGAGUGGAUCCAGGCUCAUGUUCAGUGUGAGGGACUCUCAGAGCAAUUGGUGUUUAAUUCGGUUACCAACUGUCUGGGUCCCAGGAAGUUCCUCCACAGCGGGAAGCUGUUUAAAGCAAAAAGCAGCAAAGAGCUCUAUGGCUUCCUGUUCAACGACUUCCUCCUACUCACACAGGUCAGUCUGAGACCCAGAGGUCAGUCAGAAGACCACAGGUCAGUCUGA